AGCCACAAGUGCUGUGGCUUAGGGAGUGUGAGUUAGUCAUUCUCGUCGCUGCCUGCGCUCCCCAUCAGGAUGGCCUGCGUCCCGCCUGCAUUUCGGGGCAUGUCUGCAGGCGUGUUCCUCUUAGCGCUUUGGGGUGUGGUUCUGGGACACAAGCUGCUGGUGGUCCCUCAGGAUGGAAGCCACUGGCUCAGUAUGAAGGACAUUGUUGAGGUGCUCAGUGACAGGGGCCAUGACAUCCUGGUGCUGGUGCCAGAAGUCAACCUGCUCCUGAAGGAAUCCGCACACUACACCAGGAGAACCUUCGAGGUGCCGUACGGUCAGGAGGAGCUGCGGCAGCGAUUCCGUGCCUUCGGGAACCAGCAGUUCGCCCAGAGGUCUCUCCUGAACGCCAGCCUGGUGGAGUACAGGAACAACAUGAUUCUCAUGCACAUGGUCUUCGCCAGCUGCCAGAGCCUCCUGAAGGACUCGGCCACCCUGCGCUUCCUCAGGGACAGCGAGUUCGAUGCCCUUUUCACAGACCCGGCCAUGCCCUGCGGGGUGAUCCUGGCCGAGUACCUGGGCCUGCCCUCCGUGUACCUGUUCAGGGGCUUCCCGUGUAGGCACCUGGACUCUCAGGGCACCCAGUGCCCCAGCCCGCCGUCCUAUGUGCCCAGGGCUCUGUCGUCCAACACGGACCGCAUGACCUUCCCGCAGCGGGUGAAGAACAUGCUCAUUGCCUUGUCGGAGAGCUUUCUCUGCAGCAUGGUGUAUUCCCCGUACGGGCCACUUGCCUCGGAAGUCCUUCGGAAAGACGUGACCCUGCAGGACCUUAUGAGCUCUGCCUCGGUGUGGCUGCUGAGAAGCGACUUCGUGAUGAAUUAUGCCAGGCCCGUCAUGCCCAACAUUGUGUUCAUUGGCGGGAUCAACUGCGCCCACCAGAAACCACUGUCCCAGGAAUUCGAAGCGUACGUUAAUGCCUCCGGCGAACACGGCAUUGUGGUUUUCUCCCUGGGCUCGAUGAUCUCGGAGAUCCCGGAGAAGAGAGCUAUGGAGAUCGCCGACGCUUUGGGCAAGAUACCUCAGACGGUCCUGUGGCGGUACACGGGAACCCGGCCGCCCAACCUUGCGAAGAACACAGUCCUGGUCAAGUGGCUGCCCCAGAAUGACCUGCUUGGCCACCCGAAGACACGUGCCUUUAUCACACAUUCUGGCUCCCACGGCAUCUACGAAGGCAUAUGCAACGGGGUCCCCAUGGUCAUGCUGCCCUUGUUCGGGGACCAGAUGGACAAUGCGAAGCGCAUGGAGACCCGGGGCGCAGGCGUGACCUUGAACGUCCUGGAAAUGACCUCCGAAGAUUUAGCCAAUGCCCUCAAAACUGUCAUCAAUGACAAAAGCUACAAGGAAAACAUCAUGCGCCUCUCCAGCCUUCACAAGGACCGCCCCAUCGAGCCGCUGGACCUGGCCGUGUUCUGGGUGGAGUUCGUGAUGCGGCACAAGGGAGCCCCGCACCUGCGCCCCGCGGCCCACGACCUCACCUGGUACCAGUACCAUUCUUUGGACGUGAUUGGCUUCCUCUUGGCCAUUGUGCUGGGGGUGGUCUUCAUCGUCUACAAAAGCUGUGCCUUUGCCUGCAGCAAAUGUUUCGGGAAAAAACGGCGGGCUAAGAAAUCCCAGAAGUCCAAGGCGCACUGAGGAGCAGCAGGGGGGAAACCAAGGGGCCGAAUCGGCAGAGUCCGUGUUAAAUUCAUGUCAUGCCCAUUGAAGGAGUACUUUGCUGCAUUACGUUAGACACCCCAGAGUGUUUUAUUAAAAAUAAAAAUAAUUUAAUUGGUAGUCACACCUGUAGGUAGAAAUACUUGAAAAUGUUUCCUGCGCCCCUCCCCCCCAGUACCUUUAAUUGGACCACACUCGCUACCUCUCAGACGAUUGGCCGAGAGGGGUGGGCGGGGCCUCCUUCGCCCCGCCUUUCUUCUCUCCCUCAGUAGGGGGCCAGUUUGGGAGCCCAGCCUGCCCCCCCCCUCCCCGCCACCGGUGACGGUUCUGACACCAUCUGCCUCGAAACACUGUUGUAAUCAACUCCUUCAGUAGGGAUGGCAGCUCCCGAUUUCUUUCCACGCGUCACAGAUGUCACUCUGUGCACGUCACGAAGGAAACGUGUGUUCCUUUCACGGCUGGUGCCUUGUACUUGAAUGAAUGGUGACAUAGCAUCCUUUGAGAGCAGUGUAUGAUUUCUAUCUUUGGGGGGGGGAACGAGUCCCAAAGGGGGGGGGGCAGCGUGUUUGACAGGGUACUCAUUGCUUGUGCCAAACGCAUCUGACUUUGAUAAAAGCCCAAAGUGUAUUUUUCUCUGGUGUACAUGUCCCGCAACUAAAAACAGAUCAAUAAAUUUGUAUGUCGUA